ACUUGGUCUGUGGUUUCUUGCAGAAUGGAACAUGAGGCCUUCCAGCUAGAAAAGCAGCAUGUCCAUAAGGUCUAUGAAAGCACAGCCUCUUAUUUCAAUGACUUGCAAGGCAAAGCAUGGCCUCGGGUUCGACAGUUUUUACUUGAACAGAAGCCUGGCAGCCUUAUUGCAGAUAUAGGUUGUGGGACUGGAAAAUAUCUUGAUGUCAACCACCUAGUAUAUAAUCUUGGAUGUGAUUAUUGUGGCCCCUUAAUAGAAAUUGCAAGAAAUAAAGGCUGUGAAGUAAUGAUCUGUGAUAACCUACACCUCCCUUUUCGGGAUCUGUGCUUCAACGCCAUCAUCUCUGUGGGAGUGAUUCACCAUUUCUCCACAAAGCAAAGACGAAUCCAGGCAAUCCAAGAAAUGGUCAGGGUGCUGGUACCCGGUGGCCAAAUGAUGAUUUACGUCUGGGCUAUGGAGCAAAAAAAUCGGCAUUUUGAGAAACAGGACAUAUUUGUUCCUUGGAACAAAGCCUUGUGCUCAGGAUUGCUUUCAGAAUCCAACAAACCUGGGCAUAAAGCUGAUACUACACCUCCUAUAGAAUCUCAGACGAUGCAUUCACAACCACCAACGGGUUCAAAGUGCAGUAACUCCGGUACCCUGGAUCAGAAACAUCCCCAGAGAACGGACAACUGCUUAGCUGGAUCCUGCUGUGUGAAGAUUUCUGAAGAUGAAGAAAAACGAUUUUACAGUUUCCUUGGAAGGUCUUUUCGCUCAUGGUUUUCAUCCAGAUCUCUUGAUGAGUCUGUCUUAAGAAAGCAAAAUGAAAAGAUAGAACCUUUGAAGAACAUGGUGGGAUGGACAAGCAACACCAUUUCUGUUCAGCCGUUCAGACAUUGCAGUUUAGACUUGGGGUGUCAGGCAGCAUUGCUCAAAGAACAACAGUUAGAUCACUAUGAUGAUGUGUUUACAAAGUGUGUAGCUUGUAAAAAAAUCCAGUGGCUGACAGCUUCAGGGUCACUGAGGGGUUUUAAUGGUGAGCCAGCUACCUUAGUCCAACACCGCAAUGGGGAAACCUCGUUUCUAAGUGGUUCUAUGGAAAACAUAAAGAACAGCUGUAGUCAUCAAAGCAACAGUCAUUCUUUUGCAGGAACGGCCUUUAAAAGGAUUUCAUCUGUUAGCUCUAGUGAGUCUGUUAUAGAAUCAGCUGUGGCAGUGGGAGACCGUGCUGUUAAUGGACAGGACACCAGGGCCUUUAUGCGCUAUUACCAUGUUUUUCGAGAAGGGGAGCUGUGCUCUCUGCUUGAAGAAAAUGUUCCUGAGGUUCACAUAGUAAGUUCAAGUUAUGACCAUGGUAACUGGUGCAUUAUUGUGAAAAAAACAAUAAACAACAGCUGAAAAGUUAGGCUUUCAGAUACUGCGAUCGAAGGAAUGUUAUACAUUUUAGAAUGCCUUUAUCAUCCCUUCUGUGUUCAUUGGUACAGUUUGAAUACAAAGAUGUCACUAUGAAAGAAUAGUACUUAACAGUUUGUUGAAAAACAAGCUUUUUACAAAUGCCCAUC